UUAAAUUGAUAAGUCCAUCAAACCAGGGCUUGUAAGGAAAGAUGGGUUCACAGGAUCAAUUCAAGAACGUCUGUCCCUUCAUAACCAGAGCACUCAAUUCAAGAUCGUGGCCAAGGGGUCAUAAGAAGAGAAGGAAGUUGAAAAAAUAUAACACUCACAUGAAAGUGUUGAAAGCAGAGAUGGAAGAAGUAAGGUUGGAGCAAAAGGGAAUCAAAGAUGGACAAAGACUUCUCCAAGACAAACUUAAAGCUGUAGAAGCUGAAUGUAACCAACUCCGAAGAGAGACUGCCCUCAUCAUCGAGCAGAGUGCCAACACACAACUCCGGCUCGCUUUGAUGUUUCAAAUAUUAAAAGCAAGAGAAAAUAAUGACUUUUGCAAAGCAGCUGAACUAUCUCAAGCUCUUCGUGAACUCAUAAUGGAACAGAACAAAUAAUUGGAAGCCAUGGGUACCGGCUAGUGUUACGCUCUCGGUUUUAUUGUUAUUUUUAGCACCUUCUAAUUUAAUUCGAUUUUAAUCAUAGAGUGUUGUAGUAAUUGUUUUUGUUAGAUUGUUGUCGAAUUUACAACUAUAACAUUAAUGAUAUAAUAAAUAAAGAGACUGAGAUUUUUAUUUUUGGGUCAAUUGGAUAGGGGGUUGAGGAUGAGGAUUCUGGGGUUUGAGCUCUCACCUUGUAUGUCCUUCUAAACUUUCUUAAUUAUUAGAUUAAAAUACUAAGGACAAGAGAUUGAGAUAUU